AUGGAGAAAAAAAGUGGACAAGAACUUCUUCGACUGGCAACGCGUCUGCUGACUGAGAAUAAUCUUGAGGAAGCUCUCACAGUAUUCGACUAUCUAAUAACCAGACUUCCCGAUGUUCCAAUUCCGUUAUUGAGUAGAUGCACUUGUCUAAUACAGUUAGAGAGAUACAAAGAAGCUUUAGUUGAUGGCGAAAGAAUAUUGAAGCUUCCAAAUGAACCCGUUGGCGAGGGCAUUGCUCCUGGCUGUACGACAGUACAUAGUGUAGCAUAUCUUAGGAUGGCUAAAUGUUAUAAAGAAUUAGGACAGAACGAUAAAGCAACUGAAGCGAUGAGAAAAAGAGCCGAACUAGAGAAGGUGCGCGUGCAAUACACUAAGGAUGACUCAGAAGACGACAAUUUGGAGGACAAUAAGAGUAUCGAUAAUCGAUCCAAAGCUGAAGAGUUGAGACUAGAGGGCAAUCGGCUAUACAAAACACAGAAAUAUCAGGAGGCCUAUGAAAAGUAUAACAAGGCCCUUGAUAUGGAUUCUGAUAGUCUAUUGACAAACUCGAAUCAAGCACAGGUGUUGUUGAAAAUGUGUCAAUAUGAUAAAGCACUUAUAUAUGCCGAUAAAUGUAUACGUUUAGACCAUAAAUGGCCCAAAGGACAUUAUAGGAAAGGCUGUAUUUUAUUAGAACAAAAGAAAUAUAGAGAGGCUCUUGUGGAGUUAGAGACAGCAGAAAAAUUUGGUAAACUAGACGAUGAGCUUAUGAAAAAGAUUAAAGAAGCGCGGAAUCACAGUGAAGCGAAUAAUAGAGCAAAGCUUAUAACAUUAGACUCUAGGAGUAUAAAAGCUACAGUUGUUGUCCUCAUUGCUUUUUUCAUGUGGUAUUUUUCUUACGAAAUUGGAAUUAUCGGUGUAUACAUAUUCAGAUAUGUGGAGAGGCUCUUUGCCGUCUACUUUGAUGAUUUAUGGUGA